AUGAAAGGUGGGCAGUUUGAUCUACGUGCUGUGCGGUCGGGUUUGUGUUUCGUUGGUGAGGUAUCUUCCCGCAUUUCAUUUUUGGGAGAAGGCUUAACUUGGCUUUUCGUAUAUAGAACAGAAAAAUAUCAAAAACUAAAAGCCGAGGUAGACAAGCAAUCUAAGCGUUUAGAGAAGCAACGAGAUGUUACGGAGUCAGCUAUAGAUCGCACUGCCAAAAAGCGUUUAGAGAAGCAAGAAGAGCGAUUCAAAAACAUUAAUCGGGAGUUAUCUAUGGUUAAAAUGAAAUCUAUGUUUGCAGUUGGACUUAUAUUCACUUCAUUAUUCAAUGUUUUCAGUAGUAUGUUUGAUGGACGUGUUGUAGCCAAAUUGCCGUUUGUCCCUUUCUCAUGGAUUCAAGGACUAUCUCAUAGAAACCUCCCAGGCAGUGAUUUCACAGAUGCUUCUUUUGUCUUUGUGUAUAUAUUGUGCACAAUGUCAAUCCGACAGAAUGUACAGAAGAUCUUGGGUUUUGCUCCUUCUCGAUCAUUCAAUAAGCAGUCUACAGGAUUUGCUCAAAGUUAA